GGGGAGACUCCAAACAGUGAGUCUUGAGCUGGAGAGCAGCGUUUACCGGCGGCGCGGCCGGUUUUGUGAAUGAAGCAAUGGCUACAGAUUCCCCCAGAAGACCCAGUCGUUGUACUGGUGGAAUCGUGGUUCGCCCUCAGGCUGUCACGGAGCAGUCCUACAUGGAAAGUGUCGUGACUUUUCUGCAGGAUGUUGUGCCCCAGGCUUACAGUGGAACACCUCUAACAGAAGAAAAGGAGAAAAUAGUCUGGGUCAGAUUUGAAAAUGCAGAUUUAAAUGAUACAUCAAGAAAUCUGGAAUUUCAUGAAAUACAUAGCACAGGGAAUGAGCCACCUUUGCUGAUUAUGAUUGGCUACAGUGAUGGAAUGCAAGUCUGGAGCAUCCCUAUCAGUGGGGAAGCACAGGAGCUUUUUUCUGUUCGACAUGGCCCAAUUCGAGCAGCUAGAAUCUUGCCUGCUCCACAGUUUGGUGCUCAAAAGUGUGACAACUUUGCUGAAAAAAGACCCCUCCUUGGUGUUUGUAAGAGCACUGGAUCUUCUGGCACAAGUCCACCUUACUGUUGUGUGGAUUUAUAUUCACUUCGUACUGGGGAGAUGGUCAAGUCCAUUCAGUUUAAAACACCUAUCUAUGAUCUCCAUUGCAACAAAAGGAUCCUUGUCGUAGUAUUGCAGGAGAAAAUUGCUGCCUUUGAUAGCUGUACUUUCACAAAAAAAUUUUUUGUCACAAGCUGCUACCCUUGUCCCGGGCCCAACAUGAAUCCUAUUGCUCUUGGGAGCCGCUGGCUUGCUUAUGCAGAAAACAAGUUGAUUCGAUGUCAUCAGUCCCGUGGUGGAGCCUGUGGAGACAACAUUCAGUCUUAUACUGCCACAGUCAUUAGUGCUGCUAAAACAUUGAAAACUGGCCUGACAAUGGUUGGGAAGGUGGUGACUCAGCUGACAGGCACGCUGCCUUCAGGUGUGACAGAAGAUGAUGUUGCCAUCCAUAGUAAUUCAAGGCGGAGUCCUCUGGUCCCAGGCAUCAUCACAGUAAUCGACACUGAGACAGUUGGAGAGGGCCAGGUGCUUGUGAGUGAGGAUUCUGACAGUGAUGGCAUCGUGGCCCAUUUCCCUGCUCAUGAAAAACCAGUGUGCUGUAUGGCUUUUAAUACAAGCGGAAUGCUUCUAGUCACAACAGACACCCUUGGCCAUGACUUCCAUGUCUUCCAAAUUUUGACUCAUCCUUGGUCCUCAUCACAAAGUGCUGUCCAUCAUCUGUAUACUCUUCACAGGGGAGAAACUGAAGCCAAAGUACAAGACAUAUGCUUCAGCCAUGACUGUCGCUGGGUUGUGGUCAGUACACUCCGGGGGACUUCCCACGUUUUCCCAAUCAACCCUUAUGGUGGCCAGCCUUGUGUUCGAACACAUAUGUCACCACGAGUGGUAAAUCGUAUGAGUCGUUUCCAGAAGAGUGCUGGGCUGGAAGAGAUUGAACAGGAACUGACGUCUAAGCAAGGAGGUCGCUGUAGCCCUGUUCCAGGUCUAUCCAGCAGCCCUUCUGGAUCUCCUCUGCACGGGAGACUCAACAGCCAAGACUCCUACAAUAAUUUUGCCAACAACAACCCUGGCAACCCCCGGCUUUCUCCUCUCCCCAGCCUGAUGGUAUUGAUGCCUCUUGCACAAAUCAAGCAGCCAAUGACAUUGGGGACCAUCACCAAACGAACAGGCAAAGUUAAACCACCUCCACAAAUUUCACCCAGCAAAUCAAUGGGCGGAGAAUUUUGCGUGGCUGCAACGUUUGGGACAUCCCGAUCGUGGUUUGCAAAUAAUGCAGGUCUGAAAAGAGAAAAAGAUCAGUCCAAACAAGUUGUAGUUGAAUCCCUCUACAUUAUUAGCUGCUACGGGAACUUAGUGGAGCACAUGAUGGAGCCACGACCGCUUAGCACUGCACCCAAGAUCAGCGAUGACACCCCACUAGAAAUGAUGACAUCUCCCCGAGCCAGCUGGACUCUGGUUAGAACUCCUCAAUGGAAUGAAUUGCAACCACCAUUUAACGCAAACCACCCUCUGCUCCUCGCUGCAGAUGCAGUACAAUAUUAUCAGUUCCUGCUUGCUGGCCUGGUUCCCCCUGGAAGUCCUGGGCCCAUUACUCGACAUGGGUCCUAUGACAGUUUAGCUUCUGACCAUAGUGGACAGGAAGAUGAGGAGUGGCUGUCUCAGGUAGAAAUUGUAACGCACACCGGACCCCACAGACGUCUGUGGAUGGGUCCACAGUUCCAGUUCAAAACCAUCCAUCCCUCAGGCCAAACCACAGUCAUAUCAUCCAGUUCAUCUGUGUUGCAGUCUCAUGGUCCAAGUGAUACUCCACAGCCCCUUUCGGAUUUUGAUACAGAUGAUCUUGAUCUCAACAGUCUCAGGAUCCAGCCAGUCCGCUCUGACCCAGUCAGCAUGCCAGGGUCAUCCCGUCCAGUGUCUGAUCGAAGGGGAAUUUCCACCGUGAUUGAUGCUGCCUCAGGUACCUUCGACCGGAGCGUGACCCUGCUGGAGGUGUGUGGGAGCUGGCCGGAGGGCUUCGGGCUACGGCACAUGGCCUCCAUGGAGCACACGGAGGAGGGCCUGCGGGAGCGGCUGGCCGAUGCCAUGGCCGAGUCACCGAGCCGGGACGUGGUGGGAUCCGGAACAGGGAAAAAAAGGGAAAAAAAAACAAUGCCAACAGCCCAGCGUCCACGAGCAACCCAACAGUAACAAAGCAUGUGUUCAGGAUGGAGGAAGAACUACAGCGAGAGGGAAGCAUCGAGACUCUGAGUAACAGCUCAGGUUCCACCAGCGGCAGCAUCCCGAGAAACUUCGAUGGCUACCGAUCUCCACUGCCCACCAAUGAGAGUCAGCCCCUCAGCCUCUUCCCUACCAGCUUCCCGUAGGUACCAGCAACCUGCUUCUGACUGGCUGGCCCACUCACCUGCUGGAGGGAGGGGAGAAGUCCCCCCUCUGGUCCUGCCCUUCGGACUCUGCUCGUCUUUUACCAACCACCUUCCCCAAGCUUCGUGACAACAGCCGCCCACCCUCCCUGGAUUGAGAAGAGACCCUUCUCCAAAGCACCUCGGCUCACCAUGACCUCUGCCCCCCAUCAACGGGGCCGUGGCUGAGGGAGACUCUGCAGAAGCUCCGUCCCCUCCUCCGUUUGCACACGAUGCCCUGCAUUGGACCCGCUUUUGUAUUUUCUAACCAAACCCUUGGGGGGCCUGGGUGGGGCGAGGGUGGGUGGUCCGGCGGGCACUUUGGCCCUGAGCGACAGCCCCAGCUCACUCCUGGCUUUGGCACACGCUGCCCAGCUUCCCUUGGCCAACCUCCUUCUGGCGUUGAACUGAGGCCCAGAGUAUUAGGGAAGGAGGAAGGAAGAAGAAACCCCCCUUCCUCUUUUCUUUCCCCUUUGGCUCACGGAAAGGAUUUGUCUUUCUUGUCUGUAAGCCCUUUUACCCUGGUCCUGUACUGUUCAGUGAAGGCAACCCUGGUUACUGAGGCCCUGUCAAAAAGUGCACGUCUUGUUCAAUAAAUCACGCUGCAGUUGGUGUCCA